CCGUACAAGGAUUUGCGUAGUCGACAUACGUGAGAGGUAUAAGGAGGGCUCAUACCAGGAGGGAACCACAUAUAAACUUCUUCAUCAAGAUCGCCGUGAAGAAACGCAUUAUUGACAUCAAGCUGGGCAGGGCCUUCCUCCUAGCGGACAACUCAACCACAUCCCAGGUUCGAUUGGAAACAAGAGCCUCAAAGCCAUUGCAGCUCUCCAGCCAGGAUGCAUUAUGACUUGUUGGUAAGAGGUCCUCUUUGCAUCGACUGGAACAUCUGGAUAAGCUGGUCACAUUGCUCUUUGGUGAAUCCCUCACUGCUGACAAGUGUUGACACAGAAUUGGCUGCCACUCCAUUGGUUACCAUAAUUUGGUGUCUUGUAUUCUGUUGUAUUCCUUGGUGGAUUCCAUCUUUGCCCAGUGGUAAAAAAAGCAGAAGAAUCAGAGCUGAAAGAGCUUAGUUCCAUUUGCUUGGCCAUAUCUCUGCUCGAGUUCAUUCCAAAACUCUUUAGCAGUUUGAGAGGAGAUCACACUUUCAGCAAUAUCUCUGCUAAGAGAAUUCAGCAACCAGACAAUCACUAUGUCAUUGGUUCUCUUCCACUGUGCCUGCUAGGGUGAAUCUAGAUCUGGACUUGGACAUGAUCUAGUGAUAAAUUCCAGCUUAUUUUUUGUUGUGAGAGAGAGAGAUCAGUACUCCUCUGCGCCAGUUACCAUAACAGGAGCCAUCGAAGGUUACAUUAAGGAGGUUCAUUCCGUGACUAUCUGAUGGAGAUAGGAAAUAAAGAUGACAUGAAUCUAUUUGCUGAGAAGGAGUGAGUGCAGAUUUAGAGGUAUCUGCUGACUGAGGAGUAACGAGAUCAAUCACAGCCUCUACCAUGAUUGUAGAUGAAGUUGAAAUAAGAAAUUAAAAAAAAAUGUAAAAGCUUUCAAAGAUGCUCUGAUACCAUAAAGAAAAUUAGAAAAAAGAUUGAUGUAUGAAAUUUUAUGUGUAUUCAGCUUGAUUAUUCUCUGUACAGAUCGUUUCUUUAUACAAAUAGAAAAGAAUCUAUGUAUAACCACAUA